CAUUCAAAAGCAGCAGCAGCUGCGCCACAUUUCCAACUACUGAAACUGAACACAGAAUUCAAGCAAUCCAAUUCAAUAUUAUGGGAGGAAGGGGAAGAUCUCGCACUCAGCGAAAGCACUUCAGCCAGAACAGAGAGAACGUCUGGAAGCGCUCCAAAUCCGACGCUUCUGCUACUGAUACACCCGCUGACAACAACAACAACAAUGCCGGCAAAUCACACUGGGAGCCCUUCAAGACGCAGAACCCCGCUUUCGACGAGUAUUACAAAGAGCAAGGAAUUGUGUCAUCUGAAGAGUGGGAUACCUUCAAUAAAUUUCUUAGGACGCCGCUGCCUGCUGCUUUCAGAAUUAAUUCCAGUUGCCAGUUUUAUAAGGAUAUUCUGUUCCGGUUGGAGAAUGACUUCAUGAAAUCCCUUCCGGCAGAGGAUACUGAUGGAAAUGCAGUGAAUGCAAUAGAGGUAUUGCCAUGGUACCCUGAUCAUCUUGCUUGGCAGUCAUAUUAUUCUCGAAACCAGUUGCGAAAAAAUCAAGCCCUUGAGCAGUUUCAUGAGUUUCUGAAGCUAGAAAAUGAGAUUGGAAAUAUAACGAGACAGGAGGCUGUGAGCAUGGUUCCUCCUCUGUUCCUUGAUGUACGUCCAGAUCAUUUUGUUCUUGACAUGUGUGCGGCACCAGGGUCAAAAACAUUUCAGUUGCUUGAGAUGAUAUACAAGUUGACUGAACCUGGAACUCUCCCCACUGGAAUGAUCAUAGCAAAUGAUUUGGAUGUUCAAAGAUGUAAUCUUCUUAUUCACCAAACAAAAAGAAUGUGUACUGCAAACUUGAUUGUCACAAAUCAUGAAGCACAAAACUUCCCAAGCUGCCAUUUGCACAAGAAUGGUGAAAACAUUAAUGGACCUGCUCUUCGUCAGCUUCAGUUUGAUCGUGUCUUGUGUGAUGUCCCUUGUAGCGGUGAUGGAACUUUACGCAAGGCUCCUGAUAUGUGGAAGAAGUGGAAUGCAGGGAUGGGUAAUGGUCUCUUUGGCCUACAAGUUCAGAUUGCAAUGCGAGGUCUAGCACUGCUCAAAGUUGGUGGACGGAUGGUGUAUUCCACCUGCUCAAUGAACCCAGUGGAGAAUGAGGCUGUAGUUGCUGAGCUUUUGCGGCGAUGUAAAGGAACAGUCGAGCUUCUAGAUGUAUCCACUGAGCUUCCCCAGCUUGCUCGAAGGCCUGGUAUUAAGACAUGGAAGGUUCGUGAUAAAGGACUAUGGUUAACAUCAUAUAAAGAUGUUCGUAGAAAUCGCCAAGCUGCUGCAACUCCGGGCAUGUUUCCUUCUGGAAAGCUGUAUGAUGAGAUAUCAGAACCAGAUCAGGAGACAGCCAACGGACAAACUUGUGAGAAUAGUAAUGGUACUGAUGAAAAUGGUGGAGAGUUGAUUGAUAAUUCAGUGGCUCCUACAAGCAAUGUGGAGGCAGAAGUUUCAGAUUUACCUUUAGAACGCUGUAUGAGGAUAGUACCACAUGAUCAAAAUUCCGGGGCUUUCUUUAUUGCUGUUUUCCAAAAGCUUUUGCCCCUGCCUGCCCCUACGCCUGUUCAGAGGAAGGGUACAAAAGGUGAAACUCAGAAGCAACUGAAUGAGGUGAAAGAGGACAAAAAUGGGGAUGAUAUUGAUGCAAGUAGUGAGAUGGAUGUUAAAAUGUCUGAAGCAGCUCCUGCUGCCAGUUUAGUUGAUACUGGAAUUUGUGAAAUCCCUUCAGAUGCUGACCAGAAUAAGAAUUUGGUUGAAACUGGAACUCUUGAAAUCCCUUCGGAUGCUGACCAGAAAAAGAUAAAUGAGCAAGAAGAGAAAGAGGAGAACAAGGCUUCUUCUGAUGACAAGGCGGAUGCCAAAACUGUUCCAGACAAAAAAAGGAAGCUUCAAAUGCAGGGGAGAUGGAGAGGAGUAGACCCUGUUAUUUUCUACAAGGAUGAAACUGUUGUGAGCAAAAUAAUGGACUUUUAUGGAAUAAAGGAAUCCUUCCCAAUCAAAGGCCAUCUUAUUUCAAGAAACGAAGACACGAGUCAUGUGAAGAGAAUUUAUUACGUAUCAAAUUCUGUGAAGGAAGCUCUUGAGUUGAACCUUCUCGGCGGCCAGCAGCUUAAGAUAGCUGCAGUGGGACUUAAGAUGUUUGAACGCCAAACUUCAAAGGAGGGAACAUCUGCACCCUGUUUAUUCCGUAUCUCAUCUGAAGGAUUGCCGCUGAUUCUUCCACACAUAACAAAGCAAAUACUAUAUGCUUCUCCGAUAGAUUUCAAGCACCUCUUGCAGUACAAAAGCAUUAAAUUUCCAGACUUUGUUGAACCUUCAUUAAGAGAGAAGGCCUCAGAGCUAAUUCUGGGUUGUUGUGUGGUUAUUCUGCGUGCAGAAGGGUGGGUCCAAUCAGGUUCAGGGGAAGAUGCUAUGCCUAUCGCGAUUGGGUGUUGGAGAGGUAGAACUAAUGUGUCUGUAAUGGUGAAUGCAAAUGACUGCCAGGAACUGCUUGAACGGGUCUCAGCGCUCCGCUCAGACGAGGCUUCGGAGCCAGUCGCUGAUGCAGUUCCUAUCAAAGAAUCGACUGAUGAUGUUACUAUCCCAGAAGCCAACGGUUCUGAUAGCUCAGUGAUGGCACCGGAAACUUCAUGAUUAAGCCAACCAUUUUUGGAGAUGUGGUGAUUAAUAUUUAGUCAAGAUUUUGGAGAUUGUAAUCUAAAUAUUAUAACUAAAACAAAGUUGUGGAUUAAAAUUUCUCCGCCUAUCAACGUAUUUUUUUCACUCACAA